CACGGCACGCUCCUUCAUCUCGCUGCCAUCGCGUCCGCCUCCUGGUGGCCGCUCCCCGCAUCGGUAACGAACCGCCCACCGCCAUCCAUUGCCAUCGCCGCCGCCGCCGCUACCACCUCGAGCACCACCACCACCAACAACCAGACCACGAGCCCAGGCGUCGGCUCGCGUCGCCGCGAUGGCCAUCACAGCCGAGGCGCUCAAGCAGAAGUUGGAGAAGGAGCUGGACGCCUCCUACGUGGAGGUGGAUGACAUCUCGCCCACGAUGUGCGGGGCGAGCUUUAAGGUUCUCGUCGUUUCGUCAAAGUUUGAGGGCAAGCCGCUGCUGCAGAGGCACAGGCUGGUGAACGCGGCGCUUGCGGAGGAGCUCAAGGAGAUCCACGCGUUCCAGCAGAAGACGCUGACGCCAGAGCAGUGGCAGCAGGAGAAGGCGCCCCAGUAACGACGCUGCAAAGGCCGCCCCCAUCAUCCCUAACCCCCUCCCCUGCUCCAACAGCGCCGACCCAGCAUCGACUGACAGACAGGGCUCCAUGCUCAUCAACCAAUGCAGCAGGAGUUCGUGCGAGCAAUGCCCUUUGUCGUUAUAAAUCACGACAGUGACUACUGACGGGAAGGCUAUUAUUUGCGAGCCAGGAAGGAUCCUUUGCAAUACUUCCCACAACCGUGGAUUCCUUGGAAACCACCGCUUAAGAUGACCAUGAAGGAUGCAUUAUCGUAAGCCGUUGUAUUUCCACGAAAAUCGCUCUCUGUCCAUGGCCAUCUGCAGUGACUACGCAAUCCUCUGUAACACACCACAAUGGAUAGACAGGCUCCUUUUUAACCCUACAAAGUUAGUCCAGAAACGGGCUACCGAGUGGGGACGGCAGAAUCACACCUCGUGAUGAAGCCCCCAAAGCGGCUCGUCACGCUCUCCUUUACCUCCCAAAACCAUGACAGUUUAUCUUCUAAGCCUACAGUUAAUCCAGAAACAUUCCCCAUUGUCAACCACCACAAAUGGCAUUAGCAAGGCUCCAUUACCACGAGCGGUGGUGGAGUCGUUAUUGUGCAGUGCUGCACUAUGAACCCGGUGACCCGAGUUCACUUCUGAACCACAACGAAGAUCAGUGGUGAUAUCUGAACGGGUCCUGGGUUCUACCUGCCAACCUUCCCAGCCUCACCUGCACUGACCAGUGUGGUGAAGUAUGGUCAAACAACUUACAUUUCCAACACGGUUUGGGGAGGCCUUCAUCCAGCAGUGGAUUCACAUUGGGCUGUAAAUGAUUAUUGAUAACAAAAUUGAGCUCGAUUGUAAAACGAAUAACCAUGAAAAGAAGCCCCACUUAAUGAUGCCAUGGUGAAUUAAAAUCAAGCCAUCUUGUCAAAUAACAACAGCACCAGACCGAGUGACUCACACCAACCCUCAUUGCCAUUCCACUUGCCUUGGGAGUGCGUACAUACGUGCACACAGUGUAUAAGAUAGGCUGACGUAAGGAAAUGAUUGAAACGUUUUUUUAUUCAAUUAGUCAAUGGUUUGCGUUGUUACGUUAAUAAACAUAUCAUCGCUGCA